CCCGGACUUCUCAGCUUCACAGCCGCUCAGGAAUUCCUACCUGCCUACAACGUCCAGUGUCCCCUCAUCAGUCUCUGAGAAGAAGAAAAACAUGGGCAGACAGAAGAUAUAUUUGGACAAACUGUCCCGCUUCUUCCAGAUCCGCAACCUGUUGCUUCGGCAGGCGCUGGCAGAGUGUCUUGGCACCCUCAUCCUUGUGAUGUUUGGCUGUGGUGCUGUGGCCCAGCUGGUGUUGAGCGGCGGUUCCCAUGGCAUGUUCCUCACCGUCAACUUUGCCUUCGGCUUUGCUGCCACCUUAGGCAUCCUGGUCUGUGGACAAGUAUCAGGUGGCCAUCUGAACCCUGCAGUGACUUUUGCCCUGUGUCUACUUGGAAGAGAGCCCUGGAAGAAAUUCCCCAUGUAUUUCCUCUUUCAGACAAUCGGCGCUUUCUUUGGUUCUGCCGUCAUUUUCGCCAUGUACUACGAUGCUCUGUGGGACCAUCCCGGAAAUUUCAAUGUGACUGGUCCUAAUGCCACAGCUGGCAUCUUUGCCACGUACCCUGGAAAACAUCUCACUAUUGUCAAUGGCUUCUUUGAUCAGAUAAUUGGCACGGCAGCGCUAAUCGUUUGUAUUCUGGCUAUCGUGGAUCCACACAACAACUCCAUCCCCCAGGGGCUGGAGGCCUUCACUGUGGGAUUUGUGGUUCUGGUUAUUGGACUGUCUAUGGGCUUUAACUCUGGAUAUGCUGUCAAUCCUGCCAGAGACCUCGGACCACGUAUUUUCACUGCGAUGGCUGGGUGGGGCAUGGAGGUCUUCACGGCGAGAAACGGCUGGUUCCUUGUGCCCAUUUUCGCCCCGUUCCUCGGCACCAUCAUCGGCGUGAUGAUCUACCAGCUGAUGGUUGGCUACCACCAGGAAGGAGAAGUACGUGACAAAAAGAGCUCAGAGCAGGAAAACGUCCGACUCACCAACGUCGACACCAACAACUCCAAAGAAGUGCACUGAGUGUGUUAAGAGAUAAGCCUCCACACACUCGGAAAGAUGCACAUUCUGUAAAUACCGACACACACCAGCCUUUUUCCUUACACAACUGUAGAAGCCACAAGUGUUUUUUUUUUUUUUUUUUAAAACCACCUCAACAGCUGUUGGGUCAACUCCCAAGAUGGCUGUGUGAAAACAGGCCACUCUUAACUUUAUCAUGUGAUUGUAUAACAAUGUAGAGGAGCAGUUGUAUAUGAGUGUAGAGGAAAGAAACUGAACUUUAGAAAACACAGAAUUACAUUAAUUCUUUUUAAGAGAUGAACAGUUGGAUGUUCGUGUGUGUAGCACUCACUUUCAACAGUAUUGUAUGCUUUAUACUAAAAUAGUUUUUCAUCCCUUUUUAUAUGUAUCUCCCAACCAAUCUAUGCAUUUUGUCAGUCCAGGGCCUUUCAAUGUUAAUGUUUGAAUUUGGGGAAAUUGUCAGAAAUUUGUGCAAUUUAAACUUGAACUCAACGGCUCAAAUAUCUGCAAAUGAAUAUUGUACAUUCAGAAAAAUUGUGCUAUACGUCACCUCUGCUGUUUAGAGCUGACAGAUGGUGGUGAGGAUCCCACAUGCUUUACUUUACCACUGCUGCAACUGUAUCAAAGCUGCUGUCAUUUUCAACAUAGUAUCCCUUUACCAUGUCAAAGACUUAAUCAGCAGCUCCCACACACGCUGACAAACUACUGUGACAUGUCAUCAGCUCGCAAACUUGACUAUUUACCCUCUGUCGGUAGCAAAUGUCACCAGAAGCUUUGGUAGCCUUGCCUUCUCAACUAUCAGGCUGUCAUGUUCAAUUUGUAUGACUCCAUGGUUGGGCGCUGAACUGGACUGUGAGCACCUUUAUUUUUUUCUUAGGUUUAGGGAAAUGCUUUUGUAUUGAUACAAUAAAGUUCUGUUUUUAUUGUUGCAGGAAUGCAGCUCACGUUA